CAACAACUUGAUCUUGAUUCAUUCACAAUCGUAAAUCAUCCAUCACAUUGACCUCUCACUCCGAAAAUCGCUGCAUUUAUUCUAAACAUCAAACAUCACAACUCACAUUGAAUUAUUGUCAUCAUCAUGGCUCCUAAGAGACGCAUUUCAACACCUUCGACCGCCCAACGUAAUCAACAAGCCACCAUAUCAUUUGGCAAGCAAAAUACCCGCGUCACCAAAACCACACUCGCACAGCGCGACUUGAAGUCGACCAAGAAAGAGUCGGCUCUACUCGAUGUCGUGUCUGAACAUGCUAUCAGCCAGCCCACUACCGAUGAGGCCCCAAUCGAAGAACAGAUCGAGGAUGAAGUCGUAGAGACCAAGCCCUCGAAGACCAAGACCGAGAUCAUCUCCAGCAUCAAAUCAGAUGAUGACGAAGCUAGAGCAAGAAAAAUCACCGAGACCCAGAUCAAAAAGUACUGGCGAGCAAAGGAGGCUGAAAGGAAGGCCCCACGCGUCCAUCAACAAGGACUGGAGGUCUCUGAAAAGAUCUUGAGAGAGUUCGACAUGAGCGGACAGUACGGUCCUUGCAUUGGCAUCGCCAGAAGCAAGCGCUGGACAAGAGCCAACAAUCUAGGUCUCAACCCACCUAUUGAAGUGCUAGCUGUCUUAGUCAAGCAGGGUGACAAGAACAAGAACAGAAUGCAGCGUGCUCACGUCGAUGAGCUGAUGAACACGAAGUUCAUCGAGACGUGAGAAGAGAAGAAAGUCAACAGAGGCAAAAUGAUCAUGAAGAAAUGCAUAGAAUGGGAGUUGGCGGCGUUACAAGAUUGCUUUACAAGAUACCCGGACUAUGGGUUUGCUAUGGCUGGGAGGGAAUCACGACCUAGGGGUGAAUUACGGCAUUGCUCAAGAUAGUAAUAACAACAAGGAUCAGAUCUAGACACAACUUUGUUGAUAAAAGAAGAAUCGCACGUGAAAUGAUCCGAGUUGGCGUUUUUGCAGAAGCGCAAGCUCCAGCUAGGCAAAGCAACUUCAUCUUCCUUCCCUCACAACUCAACAGCAAGAUCAAGAUGUCGGAAGCUCUCAAUAAUGCUGAAG